UCUCGUUACUAUGCCAACCGCAUAACAUCGAGGACACCGGAGGUUACAUGUGAGACGUCGAGAAUGGAGAGCGGCAGUUGGCAAGAGUCGUUUCUCGUCCUGAGAGAUUAUUUCGUAGGCUCCAAUGGCAGUAGCGAUGCCGCCAACCCUGCUCACCUGGUCCUGUUUGCAGAAAACGCAGCAAAAGAGGGGCACGCCAGUCUAGCAGGAGAAUGUCUGGAUCUGUACUUUAGCCUCAGCCCACCAAUCAAUCAGUUCCUGAUUAGAGCCCACCUCUGCCGAGCUCUUGUUACAGCUGGUACCCCCUCUUUGGAACCAGAGGAAGGAUUGCAGAGAGCUGUGGAGUCUAUUGUGACUGCUGUUGAUAUUGCUAAAAAGUCAGAGUGCUAUCAUUUCCUGGUCCACAAUGCCUCGGUCCUCCUGUGGCAGAUCUGUCGACCUCACCGCAGGCCUGGCUGGACAGGUCUGACUGUGGGUGGUUGGCAGAGUGUGGCCAAGGCCCAGGAGACCUGCAGGGAGGAAGACCACUCUUGGAGACUCGAUAUUCUCCUGGCCCUGAUGGAGAGUCAGGUGGACGCUGGUCUGAAGGAAGAGGCCGGGAAGACGUGUGUCUCUGCCCUCCAACUGGCCCGCAAGAGGCUCCCAGACAGACUCCUGGGUGUGGUGAAACUCUGCCUGUUCUACAGACUCGGGGAAGGGAAGAGCGCUGAAAAAGAGUCAAAGUCCCUCCCAGAGUUCCCUGUCGUGUCAAAGCUGUACAAACUGAAGCAUGACCUGUCUCAGGGGUCUCGUGGGAGGCAGAGCGAGGCAGAGUCCCAGCUGAGGAAACUGGUGGAUACUCUCACUGCCAAGACACCAGCCAGGAAGACCCCUGGCCCCAGUAAAACCUCUCUACAAACUACUUCAUCGCAGGAGAGCAAGGCAGAGAUUCUACUGGAGAUUGCCCAGGUGUGUGUAGAGCAGGGUUUUGUGGAGCUGGGAGGAGACUGUGUUGCAGGUGUACCAGAGGUGGCUAAUGCGUCGCGGCUACAGCUCCUCAGACACAUUGUCACAGCUCAGCUCAGCCUACUGAAGAGGGCAGCACGCCUCCCUCUGUACUCCAGAGCUGCUGUUCAGGUUCGUGAGGAGACGAUGGCUCAGUUGGAGAACUGUCUGACAGCUGCCCAGAGACUGGGAGACCAGGAGCUGGUCCAGCAUGUGUGUGUGGUUCUCUGGGGAGUGUGUCUCCCGUUGCUUCAACCCAACCUCCGGUCUCUCCUGUCACACGUUCUCUCGGAAACUAGCCUCUGCUCUGGAGCAGGUGGACAGUCUUCAGCAUGGGCUGCGCUGUGGAGUCCACAUGGAGCUGGCUAAAGUGUGCGCUGACCAAGACCAGCUACAAAUGGCACUAGAGCACGUCAAUAAGGCACAAGAGCUCGACAGAGAGUGUGAAUGGAGUGAGGAGUUGAUGUGGCUGGGCGAGAGACUCAGGCUGAGGUCUGAGCUCCAUCUCACUCCUCCCUCCACCCUCCAACAGGCCACCCAGCUACUGGAACAGGUGAAGUCGGUUGGCGGAUUUGGUUCAAAAGAGGAGAUGAGAGCAGUGUUGGCAAAGGUUGGGUCACUGUUGGCUCCCAGACAGUUCACAGUGGCCAUUGGAGACAAGGCAGAGGAGACUUCUCAAACUGAGGGUGACACAGCAAGGGAGAUAGAAGAGGGGGGUGGGGAGAAGGGGGAGAAGGAGAAGGAGGGAAAAGAACAAGAGGGGACGGAGGGGGAGGAGGAGAAGGAGGAGAAGGAGGAGCCUGAAACGACAGGGAAGGACGGAGAGAAAGAGUAUCAAGUAUUGAAACAACAAAUUCAGGCCCAUAAGAUAGAAGUAGGGUCAACUGAUGAUGUCGACAGGUGUAGGCUGUGGGCUGAUCUGGCAAAGUUUGCCCGAAAGUGCCAAGUGUGGGAUGUCGCUUUUGUUUCGGCCAAGUUCUGCCUGACAUACGAUGACAAUAGGUGGACAGUGUCUCCAGUGAAAACAGGCACCCAGCCUUCCAAGACGGGCUCCAAGUCAAAGCUCCAGAAGUCCAGUUCGGUGAGCGUGAACCGAUCACGCAGCGACGUGUCGACUAGAUCAUCGUCUCUGAGUGUGGCGGGUGCAGUGUCUCUGGCCUCUGGUCCCGCUGCAGAGAGAGAGGCGGGGAGACAGCGGGGGAGAGAGAGACUCUGCAGAGAGCUCCUCAGAACACUGGCACAAACACACUUCAUCCAUGCUGAGUGUGCCGUGUACCAGCUAAAGGAGAGUGGGCAUCAUUUGGGAGAUGGACUUCCUCCUCUAUCUCCUUCCACUUCAGACCAGCAGGAUGCAGAGAACAAGGACAAAUUGGUGGUGUGGCCUGGGAACCUAUCCUUAGAUGCCUACUCCAGUUUCCACCGUGGUGGGGAUCUGGGUGUCUCUCUCGGCGAGCCCUGGCUGGUGGCCAACGCAGCCACCUACCUCUCAAACUACAGCCAGCAUCUCCUGGAGGCCGGAGCUCUCUCGAGGCUGGUGCCAGUCUUCAGACCUCUACUGGACAGUUUGACUGCUGCCACACAGCUCCACACUGGAUCUCACGACAUUGGUGGUGAGUUGGUGUGUCAUGUGAGUACAGUCCUCGCUGGAGGCCUGGUUCAGAAAUGGACCCCCUCACCUCCCGACCCCACCAAAACAGACCCCACAUCCAAGGAGAAUCUAGGGGGCCGAAAAUCAGGUCGAGGGACUGCAACUGGGAAGAAGAAAGGAGGAGGAGGAGGAGAGACUCAGCUCCAAGUCUCCCCUGAUGGUGCGCCGGAACUGGAGGAAGCUCUGGGGGUGUGUGAGAGAGGCCUGGCCCUGGCAAGAGACCUCCCUCUGGGUGUGCGGGCCCCUCUCCUCGCUGUGUGGGUCUGCUGCCGGCAGCUGCUCCACCAACCCAUCCCCAGCAACACACUCGGAGUGGAGGAGAAGGAUGGAGAGGACGGUAGUGUGGCAGGUCAGGCCAGAGCAGUGGUGGCAGUUGAGAUGCAGAGUCUGCUGGGAAACAGGAUAUGGGAGUUCCCAGACUCACCCACACUCAAUGAUACAUUUGACAUGGUGAGUUCCAGCAAAUGGAGUGAGGAAGAUUCGGUAUUGGAGCUGGAGUUACUCACCCGCACUGCCAGACUUGCUCUGCUGCAGAAGAACUACACUUUGGUAGGUAAAUGUGUCAGUCAAGCAUUGGCUGGAGAGCAGAGCAGAGCAGGUAGUGAGGGGGCAUCAGAGAAGAAGAAGAAGAAGAGGGGGAAGAAGGAGGCACAAUGUGAGAGAGAGCUCCUCAGCUCCAUCUGCUCGCUGCACGGCCAGACUCUGGCAGCUCAGGGAGCGGGGAAGACGGUGGCAGCCAGGGCUGCUAUGGAAGCUUUCCUCCAGAGUGCAAAGUAUGGUAGAGAUGCAGGGAGCUACCAACGUACAAUAGAGGCAGCCAGACACUACGGGAACGUGUGUCGAGAGCUGACAGAGACAGCUCUUGACAGAGAGACUCUGCGACAACCCCUCACUCAACUCCUCGCCAUCCUCACCUCCUUCCUACCCUGUCGCUCCUCCAGACACUCCUCAGGACAGGAGGACGUUUGUGAAGAGGAUUUGCAGCUGAACGUGGCCUUUUACAACAUCCUCUUUCAAAUCUACAUUGACAAGGGAGAGUGGGCAGAAGGUAUGAAGGCGGUGGAAGAUGCCAUGUGGGCCACCCCAAGAUCCAUCCACCAGUGCUUGGCAGAGUACAAGCUGAUAUUCAAGAGUCGGAUGGGGAAAGAUGUAGCUGCAGACAUGAUCAGGUUUCAGGAUGCUCCAGAAGAAGAGAGGGCGAGACUGUGGUACAAGGUGGCGUGUAACUCCUCCCACCCUCGACUGCAGCUCACCGCCUUCCAGAACUCCAUCAAUACACUCACUAGUCCAGAGUAUGUGGUGGUGAAGAUCGACUAUCUUCUGGCUCUGAGCGAGUGGCUCUACUGCCACCAGUUCCCCGUGGAAGAUGCUCUGAGUCACCUCCGGUGGGCUCUGGCUCUGCUGAUGGACACAGUAAGGGAGGAGGGGAAGAGAGAAGUGGAGGAGGAGGAAGGAGGGGAAGAUGGACGAAGGGAAGCUAAAUUUGAGUGUGGUGUACUGGCAAGGGAGAAGGCCGUGUACAUCCUGGUGAUGAUGGCCAAGCUGCAGGGUAAGGGCAGUGGAGGGCACAGGGAGAGCUGUCUCGCUGCUCUGGCCCACUGUUGUCUAAUGUGGAAGGCAAUACUGGACUCAUACGGCGGGUCUGUGUCUGACAAAGCCAGUGUAACCCUGCCAUCAUCAAUACAAGAAUGGGUUGACUUUACCCUUACUGACGAGCUGAGAGACUUUGUAAAAUCAGCUGAAGAUGACUGCAGCAUCAUUAGAACACCAGGCCUCACGUCCCACUGUCUGGGAGCUCUGAGUGACGAGUUGUGUGGCAGUGGUCUCCAGGGGUUGGCCCUGCCAGCCGAGACACUCAGACUCCUGCUGGUGGAGUCCCUCGUACAGAGCACCGCCAACUCACAGCUCAUCCAACUCAGGUUGGCGACCAUGUGUGAUGUGAUAGGUGCUCGGAAUGCCGCCGAGGAGCACCGAAAGCUGACCGGACCAGUGUUUCUCAACCCAGAUGAAAUGGCCAGAUCACGUGCUGAGAUUGCCCACCACCAGCAGAAGCAAGAGAUGGCCAAGACAGAGGGGUCAAAGGACAAAUCCCCUGAGUCACUGGCUAGGAAGGAGUCGUGGUCUCUCUCCCACUCUCCCAGAGACCCGAUGGGGAAACCGAUCUUGCACCAAGUGUGGGUGGAGACAGCAGCUCUACUGGUGAAACAGGGUCUGUGGGAGGUUGCUAGGGAGCUACUACAAGAGGCCAAGUUAUCCUCCCAGGUAAAGAUAUCACCACUCUGUUUGUAUAUGGCUCCGAUUCGAUCGGCAUAGAUUGAAAACUCACAACCACCUCACACACAACUAAUACGGCAUACUUAACCAUAACAUGGUGGGAGACUCACAACGGUGGUCACAGAAGUAUGGGCAUUGACCAUACUUCUGACUCGAUCAUUAAACAGUCGUUGGUAACUUUCACUCAAAUUUGAAGGACAGCACUAUUGUAUGUAUACAGAAAUCAGAGGGCCCUAACAUUAAGUCACACCAACGGUAUCUUGGUGUCACUGUUGGUGUAUGUCUGCAGGUAUUAGGAGACAGAGAAACUGAUGGGUAGACUGCUGUUGACACAGGCCUCUCUGGCUGCGGCUGAGAAGAGAGUGGGUGACUGCAUCACUCAUGUCUGUGAGGCUCUGAGGCAUCCACUGAGUCUGGAGGUGUGGGAGGAGAGUCUGGAGCUCAUGUUGAAGGCGGCAGCCUCGCACCCGAGUCCCUCUCUCGGAAACUCUGCUGUGGCAGCAGUGGAGGGUUCCCUCGCCUCCCUCAACUCCCUUCUCCUCAGGAGGAACAGCAACGAGGCACUGAGGCUGGAGGCUGUACAUGCCACACUGAGGGCCAGAUUGGUAGCCCUCAAGGCUCACAUGAUUCUCAGCUGCAGUGAGAAGAGCACGGACAAGCUUGAGCAACUCUGUCAGGAGAUGUCUGUCAGUACGGGAGACUUGCUUCGGCUGGGAAGACGAGAGGAGGCAGCCUGUGUCAUGCUGGACCAUGCCAGGAUCACGAUGAGAGCAUUGAGUAGCUCCACUGAUGAUACAAGUCACAAAGCCAGUCUUCUAAGGGCAGUGGAACUGGUAAAGGGGGCAGUUGAUACACUACAAUCGAUGCUCAAAGAUACCCUUUCCUUGUGUCAACUACCUGAUGGUCUGUAUACAGCAGGAGAGGGAUUGCUAGUAGAGGCAGAGCUGGUGAUGGCCAAUUUUCUGCUCCAUAUCUCUGAGAGGUACGUGGAGGAAGAGAGACAAGAGAGAACAAAACAACAGCAAAAGAGCUACACACAGCAGAUGAUUGAUGAUUAUGUCAGGGUGGCCCCGGAGCACGGAUCAGUAGAGGAUGUAUGGAACAGAGUGGCCAGUGUGGCAGCAGAGAAGGCUCUUGCUCUCCUAGCAUCCCUCCUCACUCGAAGUGCAGUCCAGUCUCGGGCACCACUGAAAGCCAGAUGUGUGUAUGGGAGAGGGAGGGCCCAGUUGCUGAUGGCACGGCAGGCCAACCCAGACUCCCCCUGUGUGUGGAGACAGAGAGAAGAGGCCGAUGGCACUGAUGGAGUCCCUCAGACAGUGGAUGGAGGAGAGGUAGUGGGGGCAGCCACUGCGAGCCAAGUUAACAGUAUUUCACACCAAGAAGUCAAAAUAGCACAGUCUGAGUCAGUCCAGUAUCUGGCUCGAGGGUCUCAGUCACUGAGAGAGCCACUGACUCUGGCCCUCCAAUCCAGAGACAUGAACGUUGCAGCAAUGGCAGCGAUGAAAAUUGUGGAAAGUUGUGGAACCAGUGAUGCCCAGUCAACAGCACUUCACCUCGCAGUCUACCAGAGUUGUGUGGCGUCUCAGGGCUUACUCCAGCUGCUCCGGGAGAUCCUGUGUGAUCCAUCACAGUCCAGACUGGCAGUUCUCCUGCACCAGCACUCACAGCUUACCUCCCCCUCUCCCCUCUCCCCUUCUCCCCCCUCCCCUCCUCCCCCUCCACUGCUGCUGGAGGAACUCACUGAACAACUCAACACCUACACAUGUUGGCAUAGACUGGGAGUGAGUGCAGACUAUAUGGACCUUCUGAAACACUUCCCACCACACUUCCGAUUCCUCGUACUGCAACACUCAGACGACAAAUCACAUCUCUACUCUGCCUACCUCGUUCCACCUCAACCUCCACCUCCUGCUGCUAAAAAGGGCGGACCCCCACCCGUUGCAGUCUCUGAGAUGCCAGUGGUAGCUCGUGUGGCUGUGUCAACUGACGACAGGGAGAGGCUGGUGAAUAUGGUAGCCUCCAGUCACAGGCUACAGACCCAGCAGCUCCUGAAGCCGCUGGGCGACUCAUCCCCAUUUGAUUCCACGGUGAACCAUCAGUUCAGCAGUAUUAAAGAGGCAAUGGACAACUACCUCACACCUGCACUGGAACCCAUUUCAACUGCAUUGCUGGAGAAGAGUGAUCAAGGGUUGACUGUUGUCCUGUUGGCUGACUUUGACUUGUUGCAACUACCUCUGGAAGCCAUGAGUCUGCUGCAGUCUCAGUGUGUAAAGUCUGUUUCAAGAGAUUUUUCACUUCAAAUGCAAUAUCAUCGAAUCCAAAAAUUCUUGGUUGAAGAUGAAGCCGUCAGCGCAACGAAGAAAGGAAAAUUCCAGCUCCAACCAUCCUUCCUCCAGUCAAACAUCACAAAUUUCAAGUAUAUUCUGGAUCCAAGAUGUGAACUAAGCAAUGACUCCGGGAAUGAAGGACAACAACCAGCUUACAAGAUUAUGUCUCAGAUAAAUGCGUUUCCAAAGAUAACAUCAAAGUGGACUGGGCAUAGAGGAACUACCCCUGAACAAGCCAUGAGCUCAAGUCAGUGGUACCCUAUUGUCGAGCAGUGCUCUGGAUUUCUGUUUCUUGGGAGUGAACGGUUGGCAGCUCACUUUCCUCCUGGCCAGCUUGCCUCUCUUUCCAUGCAAGAUUGCAGUAUUGCCAUUGUCAUGGACCACAUGCACACACUGAAAAGUUCUCUCACACAGUCUAAGUUGGAUCUACAUAAGAGUAAAGAAGAAAUAGAGGCAGAACAAAGCCUGCAGACUGCUGCUCUGCUGUCUCUGGCAGGAGUGAGCUGCCUCUUAUCUCGACAGUGGAGCUCCACUGUGGACUCCUGCACAGACACUGUGUGCAACUUCCUCAAAAGUACCCCAAAUUAUUGUCUGGUGGAGUCGGUGGUGUGGCUGACAUGAAGUGGAGCGAGACCAGAGAGCAGAGCCAGCUGGUAACCGACUCAGACACUCAGGAGAUGCCAAAUGAACCCAGCAAAGAACAAAAGGACCAUUCAUCAGUGUUCAAUAGUGUUGUGUACGGGCUCCCCCACCUUGCACUUACCCUCCCUACCCAAUGAGCUUUGACACCGGCA